AAUAACUUUUACCACUUUAAAUAAAUAAAUAUUAGUUUCUUAUUCUGCUGCUGUUGUGAGUUUGCACGUUAGAAACUGUUGGCGCCAAACGUUACUUCCUCUUGCCGCCUCCCUUCAGCCACAGCUCAGGGAGAAGUAGGAAGUCGCUGAGUCAGGUCAGGAAAACAGGUGGAUCAACAUGAGCACGUUUUCAGGAUUCAACCUUGAGGACAUGGUUAAUGUUACACCACCGAAAACAGGUGAAGAACCACAGGAGCCCAAAGUGGAACAGCUGAUGAGCAAACUGAGGCGGCUCCAACAAGGUAAACGAGCCCUGGAAGAAGAACUCAAGGAGUUGAAAUCAGUCUGUGACUCUUUGCAGAAAGAACUGGCUACUUUUCAAACUGAAGCUUACCAACUGGAGGGGAUCCAUAAAGAAAAUGAAGAGUUGUGCAGGAAGCUGCAGUUCCAGUGUGAGGAGUCUGAGCAGGACUCUGCCAGACAGUUAAAUCAGAACAAGAAAAGUGAGGAACUGCUGGAACAGUACAGAUGUGAAAUCCAGGAAUUCAAACUUAAACUUCGGAAGCAGCGGAUGAAGUUUGAGAAGCAACUUCAUCAGCUGAUAGAGCAGCAUAAGAAUCUGCACUCCAUCUUUUCUCCAGAAAGGCUCCCAGAUGAAAUACAGAGUAUCGAGAGCACAAAAAGUCAACUGACAUCAGCUGAGCAGCUGAAGUUGGCUCAGCUGUUCCACCUCGACGAGGAGCUCGAGGAUGUCAGGAAACAGAAGCAGUUGGGAGCAACAGCUGCAGAGACUGUGGAGCAGUAAAACUACAUGUGCACUGAUGCAUUUAGUGAAUCAGAGGGAAUGGUGACUUGUUUUAUCCCCACCGAAAACUCUAAGAUUUAUACCACUGACCUCAAAUUAACAUGUUUGCCUACUGAACUCUAUUCAUUCCUGUGUCGUUAGCUAUUUUUAUCAGAGUAGUGACUGGUUUUAUAUUCACAGUUCUGUAAAGCAUGUGCUUGUUUUUAGAUCCAGUUUGUUGUUGGAAUAUAUGAGAAUUUCAUGUGUUAAUGGAAUUUAUUUUACGUGAAAUAUUACAUUCUGUGACCAGUGAGUAGAUUUUUCAGAUAGAUAGAUGCCAGUAGUUGUAUCUUGGUUGCUACAAUGUUCAUUUUACUCUUAAUAUUCUGUAUUGAUAUAAUAUACAGGUGUUCAUAUAUAUAAAAAUGUUUGUUUUUUAUGUG